AUGAAGGGGUUUGGAAACGCUGUGCGGGCGGCGCCCCGGCUUCAGGCCUCUCUUACCAAGAGCCGACUCAACACCUCAUUUGCGGCGAUACCAGCGUUCAAGGUGUACCAGCAGCGCGUCGACGUCCGAUAUGCCUCCGACACUGCCAACGCGGAUCUCAAGAAGACUCCUUUGUACGACUUGCAUAUUGCGCAGGGGGGCAAGAUGGUGCCCUUUGCCGGCCAUAGCAUGCCCGUCCAGUAUGCCAAUGCCUCACUCGCCGAAUCUCAUCACUUUACUCGCAACCAUGCGUCGCUCUUUGACGUCAGCCACAUGGUCCAGCACAUCUUCAAGGGCCCCAAUGCUGCUGCCUUCCUUGAGAAGCUGACCCCCUCUGGAUGGAGCAACCAGGGUAUUAUGCAGAGCAAGCUGACCACGUUCCUGUGGCCCGGAACCGGUGGCAUCGUUGACGACUCUGUCAUUACCCGCAUUGGCGAGGACGAGUACUAUGUCGUGACCAAUGGCGCAUGCUUCGAAAAGGACUGCAAAUACCUUGAUGAGGAGCUGGGAAAGUUUGGGGCCGGUGUUGAGUGGACUAGACUGGACGGCUCCGGCCUCGUUGCUCUCCAGGGUCCGCAGGCCGCCGAGAUUCUCAAGGAAGCCCUGGCCAGCGAGGUCAACCUGGACAAGUUGUACUUUGGCAACGCUGUGUAUGCCGAUCUCAAGCUGGCUGACGGCAGCAAGACGCAUCCCGUCUUGAUCAGCCGCGGUGGCUACACAGGCGAGGACGGGUUCGAAAUCUCCUUCAAUGGCAAGCUGUAUCCCGCCCUGGAGUCGACGACCCCCGCCGUUGAGUCUCUGCUGAAGAUUGCUGGGCCUGAGCGCCUGCAGCUCGCUGGUCUGGGUGCUCGCGACUCUCUCCGUCUGGAGGCUGGCAUGUGUCUGUACGGCAACGACCUCGACGACACCACAACCCCCGUCGAGGCUGGUCUCGCCUGGGUCAUUCCCAAGGACCGUCGGGCCACUGGCGGCUUCCACGGCGCCGAGGUCAUCAUUCCUCAAUUGACCCCCAAGAGCAAGGGUGGCGCCGGCGUUGAGCGCCGUCGUGUCGGGUUUGUUGUCCAAGGCGCUCCUGCUCGCGACGGCGCCGAGGUCCAGAAGGACGGCGAGCCAGUUGGCAAGAUUACCAGCGGUGUUCCCAGCCCUACUCUAGGCAAGAACAUUGCCAUGGGAUACGUCAAGGAUGGUCUGCAAAAGGCUGGUACUGAGCUGGAUGUUGUGGUCCGCGGACGUAAGAGAAAAGGCAUCGUUACCAAGAUGCCUUUUGUGCCUUCACGUUACCACAAGCUUGAGUAG